AUGGACAUGAGCUCAAAGGUUGAAUUUGAAAAGGUGAAGUACCUGUUCGAUCGAAUUAGUUGGCCCCUAGGUGUCCUAGGUAUUUGGCCGAAGAACAUAACGUCAUUUGGACAACUGAAGCUCACAAUUUUUCUGACGUAUUUCGCCAUUCAUCUCUCAAUGCAGCUGCUAGAUCUCGCGAGCAUCAUGGGGAGUCUAGAAUUGGUGAUACUGAAUCUAACGGAAACCGCAUUUCAAACAAUGGCGAUAUACAGAAUUAUCAUAAUUCGUUUUGGCCAAACAACACGUAGAAUUAUAGAUUCAAUCGAGGAAGAUGUAGCAAUCGAGAAUUUUCAGGAUCCCGAAGAGUUGAGGAUUCUUCAUCAGUAUUCAUCAGUUGCAGAGAAAUUCUAUCGGAUGGGAACCAGAUUGGCAGCUAUCACUGCUGUCAUGUAUUAUGUGACACCGUUCCAGACGUAUCUCGUAACACGAAUGAUGAAUGGUACAGCAGUCCUGGUGAAUCCCUAUCGAAUUUAUCAUUUCAUCGAUCUAUCACCAACCGAGAGAACCGCAAUAGUUUACGCAUGUCAAUUCCCAAUGAUGUAUACGGGUGUAUCUUUCGUGACAUCUUACGGUAUUUUAUUGGGAUUCGUCAUGAAUGUUUGUGGUCAGCUUGCCAUUCUCACUCAUAGAGUUUCAAUUAUGAAGGAUGACAAUUCUGAUCCACGCGCUUUUUUUCGUCGACACACUCAGCGGCAUAUAAAAAUAUUUGUGGUCGCGCAGUGGCUCAAUGAUGCUUUUCAUCUAGCCCUUCUGUACGAUCUUCUUGCUACGACGGUUUUGAUAGGCCUCAUUGUCUACCAAUUUUUAUUGAAUAUAGAUGAUGCUGAUGCAUUCGGUGUAUUUGGAUUGGCAACUUAUAUUCUCUCCAUGACAAUAUUAGUAUACGCUAAUUGUUUCAUGGGGGAGUGCUUGAAUACUGAGUGUACCGCACUUCUGAACGCCUACUACGAAUGCAAUUGGUAUGAGAUGUCACCUUUCUUCAAGAAAGCAUUGAUUAUAUGCAUGGAAACGACUCAAGAGCCCAUUCGACUGACGGCAGGAAAGUUUUAUGUGUUUUCAUUGGAGAGUUUUGCACAGAUAAUGAAAUCAUCGAUGGUGUACGUAUCAAUGCUACGGACAAUGAUUUAAUGUCACGUUAAUCCAAUUCAUUGCUCAAAAAAAUAUUGAUAUUCAUGAAUU